CAGGUAUCGGGUAUCCGGUGUUCGGGUAUUCGGCUUGCGGCGGCAGUGACUUGCCAUGACCCCUCUUACCUAAUUGAACUCUUUAUCACUCUUUAUCAAGCAUCUCCUCGGUGCUGGUCGCCCCGAUAGCGCUACCUCUCUCCCGGGACCAAUAUAUGCAUCGGUGGCUGGACCAAAGCCAAUAAACUUAAGGGUUGGAAGUUUCGCUUGUCGGUGAAUCAGGUUGACGUGGCUGUUCUUCAUACGUAUUAUAAUCUGUGAUACCUACAAUACUACUAGGUACUUGGCAUACCUAGUACCUACCUACUCAACAUGCACCGCCUUGCACGUACCCGAAACAUCAGUACCAGCGCUGGCCGUACUAUCGCACGUCUAUCAUUCUCUUCUUCCUCCCUAUCAUCUCGGGUCACCCCAAGAAUGGCAUCUCAAACGGCGGCCAUAAGGCGGAUAGCCAUCGCAUCUCAGCAAGCUCAUCCUAUGAGUGCCCUUGCUUCCACCGCAACAAGUUUCCCUACGACACACGAGAAGAUUUCCAAGCCCGAAGACACACCCUACUUCUUAAACAAUGAAUUUGUACCGAGUAAAACGGAUGAGUUUAUUGAUUUAUACGACCCGGCCACGAACAAUCUCGUUACUCGGGUCCCGCAGAUGAAGGAUGAUGAACUUCGAGCUGCUGUUGAUAGUGCUCAGAAGGCCUUCCCCGCAUGGCGGAGUACAAGCGUGCUAGCCCGUCAGCAGAUCAUGUUCAAGUUUGUCAGCUUAAUUCGUGAGAACUGGGAUCGAUUAGCAGCUAGCAUCACCCUCGAGCAGGGGAAGACCUUUGUCGAUGCCAGGGGUGAUGUUCUGCGAGGUUUGCAGGUAGCUGAGGCAGCAUGCGGUGCACCAGAACUGCUGAAGGGCGAGCUGCUUGAAGUAGCCAAGGAUAUGGAAACAAGGACCUACAAAGAACCAUUGGGCGUCGUUGCUGCCAUUUGCCCCUUUAACUUCCCCGCCAUGAUUCCAUUGUGGUGCAUCCCGAUCGCUACGGUGACCGGUAACACCUUGAUAUUGAAGCCUUCCGAGAGGGACCCCGGUGCGGCGAUGAUAUUGGUUGAGCUAGCCAAGAAGGCUGGGUUUCCUGAUGGCGUCAUCAACGUAGUUCACGGCGCCCACCGGACUGUUGACUUCAUCUUGGACGCCCCAGAAGUCAAAGCGGUGAGCUUCGUUGGCAGCAACAAGGCGGGCGAGUACAUCUAUAAUCGGGCGUCUGCAAACGGCAAGAGAGUGCAGGCCAACCUCGGCGCCAAGAAUCAUGCUGCAGUUAUGCCAGACUGCAACAAGAACCAGUUCAUCAAUGCCGUCGUUGGUGCUGCUUUCGGUGCUGCUGGUCAGCGAUGCAUGGCCCUCAGCACGUUAGUCAUGGUUGGCGAGACUAAGGAAUGGCUUUCCGAUGUAGCCGAAAGUGCCAAGCGACUUUCAGUCAACGGUGGCUUCGAGGAAGGCGCUGAUCUAGGCCCUGUCAUCUCCCCUCAGAGCAAGGAGAGGAUCGAGAGUCUGAUCGCCAGCGCCGAGAAGGAAGGCGCAACUAUUCUACUCGACGGACGUGGUUAUAAGCCGGAGAAAUAUCCCAAUGGCAACUGGGUAGGGCCGACCAUUAUCAGCAAUGUAACACCAGAGAUGAAGUGCUACAAGGAAGAGAUCUUCGGUCCAGUACUAGUGUGUCUCAACGUAGACACAUUGGACGAGGCGAUUGAGCUAAUCAACAACAACGAAUAUGGCAACGGCACGGCUAUCUUCACACGGUCAGGUCCGACGGCCGAGACAUUCCGCCGCAACAUUGAAGCCGGCCAGGUCGGUAUCAACGUACCGAUCCCGGUUCCUCUGCCCAUGUUCUCGUUCACGGGCAACAAGAGAAGUAUCGCGGGUGGUGGUGCGAACACGUUCUACGGCAGACCGGGAGUCGGGUUUUAUACCCAACAGAAGACAGUUACGGCUAUGUGGUCGAGCGCGGAUGCGCUGGAGAGGAAGGCGGAUGUUGCCAUGCCUACGCAUAAUUAGGAGGUGAACCAGGAAAGGGGGGAUACUAAAAUGAAUGCUGUAUAUAAUACGGAUAACGUGACAGAAUGAGAAAUGGGUCAUGAAGUUGCGCUUUGGUUGCAUCUUGACGUUUUAUAUACCUAUAUGAUCCCAUUUUGAACGGUGUAGUUAGUUUUGUGAUUACCUAGUAUUGAAUACCUAUGUAGGCAGGUAGGUACCUCACAAAUCAUGCAAAGUAAUAGAGGAAAGC